GUGACUUGCAGCCACUGGCGUGGAACGGGGAGGAUGAUUGCUCGUUCAGGUCGACCGCUGUCUUCCUGACUGCCAGUCUGCCCUCCUCUCUUGUGUCGCUUUGGGGGUUUCAUCAAGCUCUCCCUUGAUGUGUUCCUCCUGCAGUUGUGUUGGAGAAUGGCUGCCAGGGUUUGGACUCUCAGCUACAGGUCUGCAGCGCUUUUCACCUAUUCUGUGUUUUUCCUUCUGUGGCGUGCUGAAACUCACGGCUAUCUGGACAGCAGUGAAGUCACAGAAAGGGACCAAAGCAGAGAGGAGGAUGUGGCUCAGUGGUGGGGAGAGUGGAGCUCCUGGUCCACCUGCAGUCGGAGCUGUGGGGGAGGAGUCAUGUCACAGGAGAGGCACUGUUUACAACAAAGACGUAUAAUUUCACAAAGUAAAAACGGCACCUUUUGCACUGGAUCACCACGACGCUAUCACUUAUGUCAAAUCCAGCCUUGUCCAAAUAAUGGUGCUAGUUUCAAACAACAGCAGUGUUCAGCUUUCAAUGCUAAAGCAUUCAGUGGCCGAUAUUAUCACUGGGUUCCAUUGUAUCCAGAUGACUACAUUAAUAUUUCAAACAAGCCCUGCGAUCUGCAAUGCACCACUACUGACGGAGAACGGCAGUUAAUGGUCCCUGCUCAGGAUGGGACAUCUUGCCGGGACAGAACAUAUCAGGGUGUCUGCAUCACUGGCCGAUGUGAGCCCAUUGGAUGUGAUGGUCUCCUAUAUUCCUCCAAAAGACUUGACAAAUGCGGACUCUGUGGCGGUGAUGGCAGCACCUGCUUCCGGAUCUCAGGCACCUAUCGACGAGGCAUCACACAUUUAGGUUAUCUCUUUAUUACAAAUAUUCCUGUUGGUGCUUCUGACAUCCAAAUAAUUGAAAGGAGAAAAACAGAAAAUAUUUUAGCUCUCGCAGACGAAGGUGGCUACUUUUUCUUUAAUGGGAACACAGCGAUUGACAAUCCUCGGAAUUUCCGAGUGGCGGGUACAGUGUUCAAGUACAGGCGACCUGCAAAUCCACUGUCUGAUGGCUUUGAAUACAUCAUUGCCCAAGGACCGACCAACCAGGGACUGAAUGUAAUGUAUUACAACCUGAAUGGGAAGAUGCCACACGUAACGUACGAGUACACGAUCCCGCGGCCACCUGUGUUGAAGUCUGCGCCACCUGUUCAGAGUCCCUUCUACUUCAGUGUCCCUGAGUCCAAGUAUGAAGACGGUGACAACAACUGGCAUCGAGUGAAGCUCCACUCAGGCCCUAACGCCCUGCAGUCCAACAUGAUCAGUCUAAGCCCGACGCCCUGGAAUACGACGAGUACGUUGCACCACCCCCAUUUCCACAGUAACUUUAGGAGCACUUCCCAGCAGAGCAGUCUGCGAGCGAUGUGUAGGAACAGCUCUCUGAAUGCUGCUCUGCCCAUCCUGUGUACGGAGAUUCAGGCCAACCUGUCAGUGAGACUCAGGACUGAGAACUUCACUAGCCACUCCAGAACGGGACCUGGCAGCCAGCAACUUGAGGAACCAAAGCAGGAGCGCACACUUGAGCCCAGCAUCAACACUGGAGCCGAGGAGAGAUUUAGCUACAGCUUAUUAACUGAUUCACUUUACCCACUCUCCAAUUCCACCUCAUUUCACCUCUUGAACUUAGUGAAUAACCACAGGGCAGAACCUGUGCAGUCACCAGACACUGAAAGCAAUGAGUUUGAAGACGGGGAGAUUGACCACGACAUCAGUCUGGCUGACAUGUACAGAUGGAAGGUAUCGGCGUACGCACCCUGCAGUUCCACAUGUACCACAGGCAUUACCACUUCUUAUGCUAUGUGUGUCAGGUACGAUGGAGUAGAGGUGGAUGAGGCUCACUGCGAUGCUGUUACCAGGCCUGAGCCAACGCAUGAGUUUUGUUUAGGAAGGGAAUGCCCUCCCAGGUGGGAGACCAGCAGAUGGAGUGAGUGUUCUCGGACCUGCGGAGAAGGCUAUCAAUUCAGGACGGUGCGCUGCUGGAAAAUGAUCGCCCCUGGUUUCGACAGCUCCGUUUAUGACGAGUUGUGCGAAGGCGCCGAGCUGACCAGACCCGUGGAGCGCAAACUCUGCAAAAACAAGGGGUGCGGACCACAGUGGGAGGUGUCGGAAUGGUCGGAGUGUUCAGCCCGGUGUGGGAGUAGAGGGAUCAUGAGACGGGAAGUGCGCUGCUCGGUGGAGCCUCGCCUGUGCAAUGAGUACACCAAGCCAAGCAACAAGAAGGAGUGCAUGGGCCCACCAUGUGAUCGGCGCUGGACUGCAUCAGACUGGGGGCCGUGCUCAGGAGCUUGUGGCGAGGGUCGGAUGAUGCGAUAUGUGGUUUGCAGAAACAACGAGGGGAAGGUCUUGCCAGACUCCCAGUGUGAUGUGACGGCGAAACCCUUGGCGGUGCACCCCUGCGGAGAUAAAGACUGCCCCCCCCACUGGGUAUCACAGGAGUGGGAGCAGUGCAAUGCCACGUGUGGUCGAGGUAGGAAGACCCGAAGGAUUCUGUGUGCUGGCUUGGAAAAUGGAAUUUACAAGGAGUACGAGGAGAACCAGUGCGGACACACCAAGAAGCCCGACGAGGAGGCCGCCUGUUUUGAGAGACCCUGCUCAAAGUGGUUCAAGACUUCCUGGUCACAGUGCAGUAAGACCUGCGGCAGUGGUGUCAAAGUUCGGGAGGUGAAAUGUUACCAAGGAGAUGAGAUUGGACAAGGAUGUGAUCCAUCCACAAAACCAGAGACAAAAGAGACUUGUGAGGUUCAGCCCUGUCCUACAGAUGCACCAGAUGACAACUGUCAGGAUAAAGUGACGGCCAACUGUGCUCUGGUGCUGAAGGUGAAGCUGUGCACACACUGGUACUACAGGAAAGCCUGCUGCAGAUCUUGUAAGAGCAGGGCGUAGGUCCACUGACAGCCCAAUCCUGCCGGGAAGCAAUAGGAAAUAGGUUGGGAGGUAAGGGGGUGGAGAGAGGGUGAACCGAGAAAUAAAACCCCGAACCAUGCUCAAAACAAAAUCGCAGCACACCCAAGCAUAACUUAUUGGCGUAAUUAACUUCUAUGGCUCGCCCUCUCUUUCCCUCUUGGUUCCCAAGGUUGGCGGUUUAUCCUGUCUCAUUUCGCAAUCCCAGAUUCCGCCACUUCUUAACUCUGCCCCAGAUCUGGGGUCCGCCCUCCUCAGACUGUGAGCCUGAGACACGGACACAUUCAGGUGUCUCCGUCACUCGUUGGGGCCAAGGGCUUUAAUCCGGAGCUCUCCCUGUGACCCACCUUCCAAAACAGCCAGUGUUCCUGCGCUCCCUGUCCUGCGGUUGGCUCACUCUGUAACGCUGUGGAGCGGUCAGUGUGGUCAUUAGUCCACGUCUCAGUGAGGGAUGCGGAGACUGGGUACAGGGGCAAGCUGCCAUUUGACCAUUUCCAGUGGUCUUGGAAGCAGUAGUUCCACAUUGGUCGCAGGCAGUAAAAUAUCAGAAGGAGUGUUUGGCCUUUGUGAUGACAGAUUUGUAAAUAAGAAAAGUUAAAUGUUUAAAAAUUGGCCUGGUACUAAUUUGAAUACCUUGACAUCUCCCAACAAUUGCAAGUACUGUAUUGGAUAUUGUUUACAAGCUUACCUGGAGCCAGAGAAUUAGUACUGCACCAAGGUGUCUUCACUCUCUUGACACUUCCACGUACCUCCUUCCCCCUUCAGCCCUGGGAAGAACUUGAGAAAGCUACCAGUCUGCACUUCCCCUUCACUGCUCUGAAGCUCAGGAGUGCGAGGGAGGUCCUGUCUCUCACAUUUGUCCCGCAACUCCCGCCUCCUUCACCCUCCACCCCAUCCUUUCCGCCUUGUAGUUUCCUUCAGCAGUGCCCCUGCGUUUGGGAGCUCGGGGAUGAGGCUGCACACAGUGGCACAUCUGACGAGUGACAUUGUGAUUCCCUUUUGCACGCAUUUUGGUUGUAAGUCAUGUCCCCGCAGUCAGAAUGCAAACCACGUGACAAUUUUCUACAGUUUAAGUUAUAGCUACUCCUGUUUCUGCUUUGGAAGGUGAAGUUAACAUUCCUUUUGAAUCUACGUUUGGGUCGUAUUUUGGUUAGUUCAAUGUAGCUUUAAU